CCGGUAUCCCCUUCCCCAAAAAGGGAGAACCAUCCCCACGUCUUGUACAGCUCAGCGUCCAAUACGAACAUUCGCCCGCGCUAGGUCGAUGCAAGACAAACUGCCCUACAAGCUGACAGGAUAGUUAUCCUAACUAGGGGACCUAGAUUCACCUAUAAGAUACCACGUUUGGCAACACACAAGACAAGACUCCAACGCUUGUCCAACAAUGGUUCGACCAGAUUCUUUACCAGCUAGGCUACCUCGUAUAAACCCGCCCUCUACGGGUAAUAAUUAUUCUCCAGCUGCCCCCAAUGCUUCUUCUACGCAGCGAAGACCCCAUUCUUCACGUUCUUCGAGAACACAUAUAGUUGAAGGUAACAAAAUGAUGCGCAAUAUCGAUCGGCCCCCACCCGGCGACCCAACCGGCAGCCGCAGGUCUCAAGUACAUCCAGAGCUCAGCAAGAAACGAAGCGCCUAUUUCGAGAGUGAAUUCGCAGCAGCUAAUCGGGAUACGGAUCCGGUCAGGGCUCGAAUACAAAAUGAAGCAAUUGUAAUGGCAGACCUGAGGACAAACGUUAUUAUCAAGGAUGAAUUCUCUUUUAUAACCGAUCUCUCAUACAACCUAUCCAACAGAUAUCAGAGACCAAUAUCUUCGAUCGUCAUCAACUUAAACCAUGGCUGCUGUAUGAUGUUUGGUGGUUCUUUCGACCCAGCGUACACCUUAACCAUUCACGCGCUUGCAUGUUUAGUGCAGCCUACCACGAAUAAGAGAAAUGCAGCGCUCAUUCAGAAGCAUAUUCAAGAAACCCUAGGUGUCAUAGCGUCGAGGGGCUAUGUACGCUUCGUCGCCACCCCCGAGGAGAAUGUUUCCGUCGGGGGUAGGACAAUCGCCGCUGAAAUAAAUGAAUCUGGUAGUGCCGUGGCUGAUGACAAGCCCGCCGAGACCAGAAAAAGUACCAAGUCAAGUCGGAGGAUUGGCGUUAAGUCAUUUGGGGGAUUCAGAUCUGCCUCUAUGACUGAUCUUGCGAGGGUCCCUACGCCACCAUCGAGUACAUCAGACGAAACUACACCUAUCACGACGAUUCCGGAAGUGCCUCCCACGCCGCCUGAGGAUGACACGUUGGGCGAAUUAAUGGAGCAAAAACCGAUCAAGACGGCACCACGUCGUAGAAGUCUAAGAUUUGGACUGUUUAGUGGGAAGACAACCGUGUAAUGAGGUAACAGUCGCACGUGCUUAUCACUGUCGUGUGACACCAACCCUUUUUUGGCGGAGAUGGCCUCACCACCUCGAUUGGGACGACAGGUUGAAUAUUCUAGUUUCACUGCAACCUUCACAAUGUGACGAUAUCCAAUACGGACCGGGAGCGCAUUGCAUCGUAUCGCUUUGGGGGAAGCGUUGCACCG